ACAUUUCUCGAUGGGCAGCCGCUCAAGAGGGGCACGCCACAUUCCUACUGCGGUGACACAUGGCUCGAAAAGGUCCCGAGGAGUGACGUGGCUUGGGAUUCGAAUGGGAAUGAUUUGAUGGAACUUGAUGUCGAUGGGGUUACGUUGCAUCCUGCUACAUUUGAGGAAGUGCCAGCUUACAACAAUACCUGUUUUGGACUAACCCGAACACGAACAUACAAGAGACCACUGGCCUUGUUCCUUAUUGGUCACCAGAUUUGGCUUCAUUUCUUUUUGACUCUGAUUACGAUGGGCGAACUUACUGCGCACCAGGAAAUGGCGGCUUGGGAGCAACGCAAAACAAACAACGAAGCCCUCUACGAUGACCUUCUGCCCUCUUGCUUUAGAAUACGACCUGAAUACCGAGACAAAUGGAGUAAGAUGCAAACUGCGCUCAAGAAGCCCAAUGGUACGCCGUCGAAGAAAGAAGAGGAAAAAACUGGGCAAUAUUGGGAUGGGAUGAAAUAUCAGGAUAUCAUGCGCCAAAAUCCUGAGACAUUUGUCUUCUUCAGCAUGGGGUAUUGGUAUUUUCUACAGACUACAUGGAACAAGGAUGCGCGGAAGCGGUGGAGCUUCGAUACUGGUGCAGCCCGUCUCGUGGCGAUAUAG